AUGACACCGAAUUCGGUUGAAAAAAGCAGUCAAGGAUCUGUGGCGGAGAUAGGAACCAACAAAAGUUAUUCUGCUGAUGCUGUCAGCACACAUAGCUAUGAGGAUAACAGUUCAGAUCGUCGAGUAAAAACACAACCAAGAGGUCUGAAGGGCCAUAUAAAAAACUUUUGCGAUGGAUUCAAGAUAUAUAAACCAGAACUGGGCGUCGAUACAAGCAAGAUGACAGAUCUGGAAAAGGCCAAUGUUAACGCUGCAAGUGCUCCAUUGAAGAGGAAACUAAAAAGCAGGCACAUUCAGAUGAUAUCUAUUGGAAGUGCAAUUGGAACAGGUUUGUUUGUUGGUGCUGGUAGCGCCUUGAGUACAGGUGGCCCUGCAUCUGUAAUAAUAUGCUACUUUCUGGUUGGUGCAAUGAUUUUCAGUACAGUUCAGGCAUUGGGUGAGUUAGCAGUUGCAUUUCCUGUUGCAGGCUCUUUUCUUCCCCUUUGCAGCAGAUUUUUAUCUCCCGCAUGGGGCUUUACCAUUGCUUGGAAUUACGCAAUGCAAUGGUUUAUUCUUUUACCUUUGGAAUUGGUUGCCGCAUCCAUGACAAUUAAAUACUGGAAUACAUCGGUUAAUUCUUCUGUUUGGGUUACUGUAUUUUUUGUUGUUAUCAUGAUUAUCAAUAUUUUUGGUGUUAGAGGUUAUGCUGAAGUGGAAUUCAUUCUUUCAUUCCUCAAAGUCAUUGCCAUUGUUGGCUUUGCAAUAUUAGGUAUCAUAUUGAAUUGUGGUGGUGGCCCGGUUGGUGGUUACAUAGGUGCCAAAUACUUCUAUAAUCCUGGUGCGUUUGCUAACGGAUUUAAAGGUUUCUGCUCUGUUUUUGUUACUGCAGCUUUUUCAUUUGCGGGUACCGAACUUGUGGGUCUCACAUCUGCCGAAACAGAGAACCCAGCAAAGACACUCCCUACUGCAACGAAGCAAGUUUUCUGGAGAAUUACACUUUUCUAUAUCGUUUCUUUGACGCUUAUUGGUCUCUUGGUUCCUUAUAACGAUAAAAGAUUGCUUGGAGCCAGUUCCAGUGACGCAAAUGCUUCACCAUUUGUUAUAGCAAUUGAAAAUGCACAUAUUAAGGUUCUUCCGUCCAUAUUUAACGGCGUUAUUCUUGUCUCUAUUUUGUCCGUGGCAAACUCUGCAGUCUUUGCAUGCUCUCGUACACUCGCAUCUCUUGCUGACCAGAGUUUUGCACCAAAAUGUUUUGGAUACAUUGAUCGCAAAGGAAGGCCACUGAUUUCAGUUGGAAUCUCUUUAUUAUUUGGACUUCUUUCUUAUCUUGCGGCUUCCCCCAAGGAAGAUAUUGUAUUCACAUGGCUUAUGGCACUUUCUGGCCUUUCGUCCAUUUGCACUUGGGCUGUUAUUUGUCUUUCACAUAUUAGAUUUCGCAGGGCAAUGACAGUACAAGGAAGAAGUCUUGACGAAUUACGUUUCAAAUCUAUAUGUGGUGUUACUGGAUCAUAUCUUGGAUUUGUACUAAAUAUUGUGGUGUUAAUAGUUGAAUUCUGGAUUUCUCUCUUUCCUCUCGGAGCAGAUCCAAGUGCCCAAGCAUUUUUUGAAAAUUACAUAAGUAUUGUCGUCAACAUAUUGUUUAUUAUUGGUUAUAUUUUAUGGAAGAGAAGAAAGACUAUUUUGUGGAUUCGGGCAAAGGAUAUCGAUCUUAUUACUGGAAGAACAGAUUAUGAUGCCGAACUCAAUAGAAGAGAAAGGGCAGAGAGGAAAGCAUACCUGCAUUCCAAACCUUGGUGGUAUAGAGUUUAUAAAUUCUGGUGUUAA